GAAAUCUCUUCAAUAACUGAUAUUACCCGCGACGCGGUAGCAAUUUUACGUUUGUCAUUCUCAUCGACAAGCUGCGAGAACAAAGCUUUCGGCGUUUUGUUGUUGCAGAUAAAGACAAAUCGUAUCGGAAUGUUUAUUUAACAUUAUUAUAAUUGAUGAAUGUAUAUUAACGGCGUGUUCCACUUGCAGUAUUGAUUUUAUCGAAUAGGAAAAUUAUUUACAAACGUUCACAACAUUCUCUUCACAAUAAACAAUGCCACGUACACGCUUACCAUCAGCUUCAAAAGCUUCAAAAGCAAAGGCUAAUUCUUCCAAAGCUAAACCUGGUAAGAAAACAGAAAAAUUAAAUGAAAAUGGAACUUUGAAUAAAAAACGUGUAAAUGAUACAAAUGAUGAACCUGCUCCAAAGAGGAUGAAAGCUGAUUCGAAGGCAUUAAAAAGCAAUGACAAGAGCGAGUCAUCAAAGAAUGAGCCCAAGAAAAUGCAAAAUAAAACGGAUACAAAUUUGGAUGAGAUAGAUUUUGAAUGUGUGAAGACAAAUGAGGAAGGAGAGAAAUAUAAUCUAAAGAUCUGCACAUGGAAUGUUUCUGGAAUCAGAGCUGUAAUCAAGAAAAAUGGAAUCGACUAUAUCACCAAAGAAGAUGCUGAUAUAAUUGCUUUACAAGAAACAAAGUGUGAUAAAGAUAAGAUGCCAAAUGAAGUCAAAUUAUCAGAAUAUCAUCACUAUUUUCUUGACAGUAAAAAGCCAGGUUAUUGCGGAGUCGCUUUGUUCAGCAAGGAAAAGCCGAUUUCUGUGAAAUAUGGCUUAAAUAAUUCUGACUUGGAUAGCGAAGGCCGAAUGAUCACAGCAGAAUUCCCAGAAUUUUUCGUGGUCAAUGUUUAUGUGCCAAAUGCUGGUCAAAAAUUGGUGACAUUGCCAAAAAGAUUGGAGUGGAAUAAAGCAUUCAAAAAAUAUAUUCAGGAAUUAGAUAAAAAAAAGCCUGUUAUUAUUUGCGGCGACAUGAAUGUAGCUCACCAAGAAAUUGAUUUAAAGAAUCCCAAAACAAAUACCAAAAAUGCUGGAUUUACUAAAGAAGAACGAGAUGAUAUGACCGACUUUUUAGCUGCCGGAUUUAUAGAUACCUUCAGAUUAUUGUAUCCUGAGCUAGAGGGUGCAUAUACAUUUUGGUCGUAUUUUGCUAACGCACGCAGUAAGGAUAUUGGAUGGCGAUUAGACUAUUUCUUGACAUCAGAACGGAUCAAGAAUAAAGUGUGCGAUAAUGUUAUAAGGAAGCAAGUUUACGGCAGCGAUCAUUGCCCUGUAAUACUUUACAUCAAUUUGUAAUUUGUAAUGAUAAUAAACAUUUGGUGCGUUCCAUGAAAAUAUUAUAUGAAAAUAUCGGAGUGAAAUUUUAUCAUGUAUGUGAAUGCAAACAUAUAAAUGAUUACAUUUUAUUAAAAAAAAAUAUGUAUUUUA